GCGAGGUUGAGAGACCCUGAUGUAAUAAGCAUUUAUACAGCUUUUAUUUAACCAGGCUAAAUUGCCUCACUGGGCAGCCUCUUCCAGGGGCCACUCCCUCAUCCUCAGGAAAGACAGGAAAAACCAUAGAAGUUUAAAGAAUCCCAGGACUGCUUUUAUCCUCCCUUUCCCCCCAGCGCUCCUCUGUUUUUUUCUCAGAAGCACCCUUUUUGCCCACCUUACUACAGAGACCAAGGGCAGAAAGAGACUGACAGCACAAACCAGCUAAAAGCCUGCCACGCUGAGAAACGGACCGGUCGCCCGCCAAGAGUUCCGGUUCUAGUUCCCUUAGAGAGAGGGAAGGAUUCUCAAAGUUGAGUGCCUAACAGCAUUUCACGCUAAACCAAAGGAAGGACUAGAUUCCACAGGCUCAAAAAUUCACAAAAAUCUGAUUUGCCGCCACUAGCUUUGCAUUUUCAAGGGAGAAGGAAGAAGGGGAGGGUUGAUUCCGGCCAACCCCACCCCCUGCACUACCCAGAGUGCAGCCGUCCGGCUCCUAGGACCCGCCGGGCGCUCAGGACCGCCCCGUCACCUGGAGCAGCAGCAAAAGCAGCAGAGGCCGGGCCUGGAGCAAGUAAGGAGCUCACACCAGCUCCAGCGAUCCAGACAGGUGGGAGAUUCGAACUCAGAGGGAGUGAAAAUUGCCUCAUGCUCUUCAGUGUUUUCCUGUUCCGCCCGCAGCCAGUCGGUGCGGCCAGCCUCCCUGCACCCUCAUCCCAGCCUGCGCCUUCCGCGCGGGGUUGGCCUGGAGGCGGCAGGGUCCUCGCUGGAAGGAGAGCAGGGGCCGGCGGCCAGACGGAUUGAGGGAGGCCGCUGGCCGGCAGUGGGGCACUGGGCCCCUCAAAGAAGUUUUCUGUGCCCUGUGUGUCCUCAGAGACCAUGAUAGCUGUGCACUUUGACAAGCCGGGAGGACCAGAAAAUCUUUACUUGAAGGAAGUGGCCAAGACCAGCCCAGGCGAGGGGGAAGUCCUCCUGAAGGUGGCAGCCAGCGCCCUGAACAGGGCGGACUUACUCCAGAGACAAGGCCAGUAUGCCCCACCUCCAGGAGCCAGCAACAUUUUGGGACUUGAGGCAUCUGGACACGUGGCAGAGCUGGGAGCUGGCUGCCAGGGACCCUGGAAGGUCGGGGACCCAGCCAUGGUUCUGCUGUCUGGCGGGGGCCAGGCUCAGUAUGUCACUGUCCCUGCAGAGCUCCUCAUGCCCAUCCCGGCAGGACUGACCAUGUGCCAGGCUGCAGCCAUCCCAGAGGCCUGGCUCACCGCCUUCCAGCUAUUACAUCUCGUGGGAAAUGUGCAGGCUGGAGACUCUGUGCUAAUCCAUGCAGGAGCAAGUGGUGUGGGCACAGCUGCCAUCCAACUUGCCCGGAUGGUUGGGGCUACUCCUCUGGUCACAGCUAGUUCCCAGCAGAAGCUUCAAAUAGCAGAAAAGCUCGGAGCAGCUGCAGGAUUCAAUUACAAAGAAGAGGAUUUUUCUGAAGCAACACUGAAAUUCACUAAAGGUGCUGGAGUCAACCUCAUUCUAGACUGCAUAGGUGGCUCCUACUGGGAGAAAAAUGUCAACUGCCUGGCUCUUGAUGGUCGCUGGGUUCUCUAUGGUCUGCUGGGAGGAGCUGACGUCAAUGGGCCUCUGUUUUCAAAGCUACUUUUUAAAAGGGGAAGUCUGAUUACCAGUCUUCUAAGAUCUAGGGACAAAAAGUACAAGCAAAUGCUGGUGAAGGCUUUCACAGAGCAAAUUCUGCCCCACUUCUCCACGGAGGGCCCUCAACGCUUACUGCCGGUUCUGGACAGAGUCUACCCCGUGGCUGAAGUCCAAGAAGCCCAUGAGUACAUGGAGACUAACAAGAACGUGGGCAAAAUCGUCCUGGAGCUGCCCCAGUGAAAAAGGAGGUAGUACAAGACAAGGCUACCUUCAGUCUUCCGACAGCAAAUUUGGGAGAAAACUCUGUACGCAGUCAGGCUAUCGGGUGCCACUCCAGGCUCGCCUGUAACUCCCUAUUCCUCCCCCAGCCUCCUCAAAUUAUCAACAUAAAGAUGGUCUAAGGAAAUAAAGAGUGGACUUGA